AUCAAGACCCACUCUCCCUCUCACACAACCCCCACCCGAAAAGUAAUGAGCGAAGAACUUAACAAAAACUACCAGAUCUGCGAAGAGCUCGGCCGGGGACGAUUCGGCGUCGUUUUCCGGUGCCUGUCGCUCGAAGACGGUUACACCUACGCCGUAAAGUCCAUCGACAAGAAACUCACCCUGGGGGACUCGCUGGACGCACAGUGCCUGUUAACGGAGCCUAAGAUCCUUAAGCUCCUGGCUCCACAACCCUACGUCAUCGGCCUCCAUGGCCUCUACGAGGACGAGACCCACCUCUACAUGGUCCUCGAUUUGUGCUCUGCUUCGGACCUCCACCACCGGAUCGUGACCCGCCAAGUCAUGUCCGAGCCCGAGGCCGCCUCGGUCAUGGACCAGCUGUUCCAGGCCCUGGCCCACUGCCACCGUCUUGGCGUGGCUCAUCGCGACAUCAAGCCCGAUAACAUUCUCUUCGACGAGCGCAACUGCCUCAAGCUCGCCGAUUUCGGAUCGGCCGAGAUUUUCAAGGACGGCGAGCGGAUGAGCGGCGUCGUUGGCACGCCCUACUACGUGGCGCCGGAGGUCCUCGCCGGGAGGGACUACUGCGAGAAGAUCGACGUGUGGAGCGCAGGCGUCGUUUUGUACAUUAUGCUCGCCGGGUUCCCGCCGUUCUACGGCGACUCGGCAGUGGAGAUUUUCGAGGCUGUGCUCAGGGCCAAUCUGAGGUUUCCGGCUAGAGUUUUCCAGUCGGUGUCGCCGGCGGCUAAAGAUCUACUCAGACGGUUGCUAUGCAAGGACGUUUCUAGAAGGUUCUCGGCGAAGCAGGCUCUAAGACACCCUUGGAUAACAAGUGGAGGAGGGUCUCUUACUUGAGAAAGAAGAAAUUAUCAUAAACGAAGCAAAAUAUAUUGUGCUGCAUUUAGAUAUAAUAGGGUUUUGUAAAGGUGUGCGCUACAGCGCUGUUGUAUAUGUGCCCGAAGCUCUUGUACAUAUUUUUCUGGAAGCGAAUUUUUCCUUUUUUUUUUCUUUCCUUGUAAUGCGCUGGAGUAUGAGUUUAUAAAGCGCCAAGAAGAUAUUGCCAAAUAGAGAGAGAGAGAGAGAGGUUUUUUGAGUAGAUUUGGAUUUGCUCUUCCGGAUCUUCCCCAUCAGUUUGGUGUUCUGGUUUUUUGGCAGUGAAGGUGGGAGAGGAUCAUGCAUGGUGAUAAGCUGUAUGUCAUGUAUGAUAUGUAAUGAAAAGUUUCGGAGUUACCUA